ACGUGUUAUUGGACAAGCUCGUCUCUUCACGUUCUGUUUCUAGAAUGACAAAGGCGGGUGUUGAACUAUGUGUCAUAGGCGACGUCCUAUUGGCCAAGCCAGUCUCUUCCGAAGCCGAUUCUGGAGUGACAGAGGCGGGUGUUGAGCGAUGGUGACAUAGGCGAUGUGUUAUUGUUGGAUAAUCCCCUCUCGAUUUUAUUGUCAUAUUCUGUUUCCGGAAUGAGAGAGGCGUAUAAAAGGUGGACGGGUUGAGUCUUCACUGCAGUAGUCGACACUACAUGGCUUUUGCACCUCUCCUCGCUGCUCUCGCCUUACUUGCCGUUGUACGCCAGUCCGACGCUGCCCUCACCAAGCGAGUGGCAUGCGCCGAUGGUGUCCACACCGUCACCAAUGAGGCCUGCUGUGCCCUAUUCCCCGUCAUAGCCGACAUCCAAGAGAAUCUCUUCGAUGGAGGAGAAUGCGGAGAAGAGGUACACGAGUCGCUUCGUUUGACCUUUCACGAUGCCAUCGGGUUUUCCUUUACUAAAGGCGGGGGUGGUGCUGAUGGAUCUAUCGUCACUUUCUCCGCCAUUGAAACGGAAUUCCACGCAAACAUUGGUAUUGACGGAAUAGUAGAAGUACAGAGGCCUUUUAUCACUGCCCACAACAUGACUGCAGGAGACUUUAUCCAGUUGGCUGGCGCAGUUGGGGUGUCCAAUUGUCCAGGAGCUCCCCAAUUGAACUUCUUGUUGGGACGUCCCCCAGCCACUGCACCCUCGCCAGAUCUACUCGUCCCAGAACCUUUCGAUACGGUAGAUUCAAUAAUUGCUAGAUUUGCCGACGCAGGGUUUUCGUCUUCUGAAAUUAUAGCUCUCCUAUCUUCGCACUCUGUCGCUGCUGCCGAUCACGUAGACCCUACGAUUCCGGGCACUCCCUUCGACUCGACUCCGGGACUCUUCGACACUCAAUUCUUCGUAGAAGUCCAAUUGCGAGGCACUUCCUUCCCCGGAACCGGUGGUAAUCAGGGUGAAGUUGAGUCGCCACUGGCCGGAGAAAUACGACUUCAAUCCGACGAGACGCUGGCUCGGGAUUCGCGAACGAACUGCGACUGGCAGUCUUUCGCCAAUAACCAGGCCAAGAUGCAGGCCGACUUCAAGGCCGCUAUGUUGAAACUUUCUGUUACCGGACAAGACGUAUCUCAGAUGGUAGAUUGCACUGAGGUCAUCCCAAUCCCUUUGGCAGCUGUUGCGCAGAACGCCCACUUGCCUGCCGGAUUGGACAUGAAUGACAUCGAACAAGCGUGUGCCACUGCGGCGUUCCCUACUCUCACGGCUGAUCCUGGUCCUGUCACCAGUGUCGCUCCAGUUCCACCAUCCUAAGUCAUUUCCACAGACAAACAGGAAACUUUCCCAUUUCUUUUAACUUGAUAUGCAACAAUCGUGAAUGUAACUGAUCCGGAAACUCUGUAAAUAACGCGUUUCAAUAUUGUAUUUUUUGGUCCGCCCGUGCCGAUGUUCUUCACAAAUUAUCCGUAUGAACUCCCUGGUGUGCACCUCAAAACGUUCGGCUACUCUCUUUCACAUGAACAUUCU